AUGCCGCCGAGGAAAAAAGCAGCAGCAGCAGUGUCGUCCGCAAAGAAGGCGAAGAAGGUCGUUGAUGAUGACGACCUCGCAAUCCAGGAAGACGACUCGGCCAUCACAAUAGCUGCCAUCCCACCACCUCCCAUCCCUUCCGAGCCCUCGACCCCGAUUCAGCAGUCCUACACGUACGCAUCUCCCAUCCCCACAGAAUGUAGCAAGAUCGACCCCGCCAACCCCUCCAUCAAAGUGCCCUGCGUUCUUGGUGUCGACGAAGCUGGUCGUGGCCCAGUCCUAGGACCUUUGGUGUACGGCAUUGCUUACUGCCCAAUCUCGUACCAAGACGAUAUGAAGCAAAUUGGUUUCGCAGACUCUAAAGCCCUUACCGCUGAACGUCGAGACAACCUCCUCUCGGCUCUCGUCGACCAUAAACAGUACCUCGGAUGGUCAGUCCGUGUCAUGUCACCCCAAGACAUCUCAGCAGGCAUGCUUCGACGCAGACCCAUCAACCUCAACGCACAAUCAAGCCAAGCCACGGUCUUGUUGAUAGCAGGUGUGCUGGAGGAAGGCGUAGAUGUGACAGAGAUCUAUGUGGAUACGGUGGGUGAUCCGAACAGCUAUAAGAAGCUUUUGAGCUCGCAUUUCCCAAGACAUCCGCACAUCAAGUGGACCGUAACGAGCAAAGCUGAUGCGAUCUAUCCUAUCGUUGGUGCGGCGAGUAUUGCUGCCAAAGUAACAAGAGACAGGUGUAUUGAGGCAUGGAAGUAUGCUGAACAGCAGCAAAGUCUGGUCGAGACUGUGGACACCAAGGAGGACACUGGGAGCGUGCUGGGCGAUGCGACCAAUCACAUCGUCACACAAUCAAAUGGGCAGGACGACAGUAAAAAGCGCAAAGCAGACGCAGAAGCAGAAGCAGAAGCAGAAGUCAGCUCAGAUCACAAGACUAUCGAUACCGUCUGGGACAACCUAGGAUUGCUGGGCAGUGGCUAUCCAGGAGAUCCCAACACAGUUGCCUUCCUCAAACGCACCCUCGAUCCGGUCUUUGGUUGGCCUGGCAUCGUCCGUUUCAGUUGGGCUACUGCAAAGACGAUGCUCGAGGAGAAGUACAAGCCUCCUUCCGCUUCUGCACCAUCGACUACCAGCACCGCCCCUUCCGCCGAAUCUGCACCGAGCUUAGGAGGCAAGCGUCUCACCCGCUCGCUUUCGCGCACAUCACCUUUCACCACCAACACUCCCACAUCAGAAGCAGAAACGUUCUCAUCGACAAUAGCAGAGACCCGCGCAACAAGUCUGUACGGCACCCUUCUUCCCCAGCCUUCCGUGGCGGGUGGCACAGCACAUCGCGCUUAUAAGGUCAAAUGGAUCGACGAGCCAGUAGCGAUCUCAAAGUUCUUUGGUCCUGGAGCAAAGAAGUCGGCGCCUACUAAGGUCAGCACUGGUGCAGCCGAUCAGCAAUCAGGCGAGAUCAAGGAGGAUGCCUUCAGGGUAUCAGCACUGCAGGCUUCAAUCAAUGACUGGUUGAAAACCGAGCCGCAAUGGAGGUCCAAGAAGAGUUUUGCGGAUAGCAACUCUGCAGAAGCAGCGAGUCAGAUUCAGGUCAAUGUAGGAAAGCUUACCAAGGAUCUCGGAUUAACCAGUGUCGGCGCAUCGUUUUGUUUGUAA